AUGGCGAACACAUCCUUUCGCGACUCUGUCAACUCGCUGGGCUGGUCUCGCAGAGACCCGGAUUUCCCCGUGCGCACCAACAGUUCUUCUGAGACACCAUUUCUCUCGCGCCUGCAGUCGUUGAACCCAUUCGGGCAAGGCGGAUAUGUUCAGCUUCCCACGCAUAAUGAAGCCCCCGGUGCACCGCUGCCGGCGGCCACUCGACGAGAGGAGGAAGAGGGAUUCUUCGCUUUGAGUCGAUGGGAUCGAAUGCUCAUCUUCGGCGCCUGUAACCUGGGCGCCGCCGUUUGCUUCAUGAUCUGCUUCUUCCUCUUCCCAGUGCUCACGCUCAAGCCUCGCAAAUUCGCCGUCUUCCAAACUUUACCCUACCCUACCCUACCCUUGGUGUUAUCAACUUCAGCCUCGUUCUACCCUACGAUUCCCUUUCUCCAAUCCCCUCCCUCUACCUCUUUGCCCCAUACGCCCCCGUCGUUCCCUUCCAUCUCCUAUUCGGGCUCUGCCCUGCAUAGCCACUGUUCUCCCUUCCCAUUCAAACCCCGACACCUUGAUCCCGGUCACUUGCGCCAUCUCGCUCAGGCCAUGUGCAAGUUCGUGUGGCCGCGCUCGACGCUUUCCAUUCGUCAGCGCCCCGAACUAUGCCGCCUGCCUGCGCCGCAUGCCAAGCCCCAACAUCCACGCAAGAUGCGCGCAUCCUCCGGCCAGCAUCGCGAUGCCAAGUUGUUUACUAACUUACUUCUUUUUUUCUUUUGCUACAGGUGGUCUGUCGGCUCAGCCUUGUUUUUGUUAUCAUGGGCAGUCCUCAUGGGACCCUGGUCUUACGCUAAACAUUUGGUCUCGGGACCACGGCUGCCAUUUACGGCGGCUUAUUUCGGGUCUAUUGCGAUGACUUUGUACUUUGCCAUUGGGCUUUGUGUCCUCGAUACUGGCUGUCGAUCAUCUUCACGCUCUGCCAGUCUUGUUCCACACCACCCUUCCCUUAUCGCUGCUUGUCCUGUUAUCGUCCUAGUACGAUGGUUGCACUGCAAAAUGUUGGGAAAAGGAGCGGAGAUUUUGCAUCCCUCUGUUUAUCUUUCAGUGCGACGUGACUACACCCGUCACGCCGAUAGCUUGAUAGACAUUCCCCUUUCGCGCAAGACGAGCUACGGCACUUCGAAGACAAGAUCGCGACACAUCGAGACGGGUGUAGGCCCGGGAGUUGUGGUGAUAUCACCUCGCCGUCCUCCCGUGCAACAUCAGAAUCCUGCGUUACAGGCGUUCAGCUCUCUCAACAGCGCUGUACAACGGCCACAAGGCUGGACUGCCCACAUUCCCGAGACACGUCUCACUCUCCAAAGCCUCUUCCUCACCCUCAUCUCGUCCAUCUUCCAACUCGCCGCCCUUCUCUGGUAUCUCGUCAGCUACUUCCCCAUGGGCAGCACAGGACUGCAAUUCAUGGGUCGGUUUGGUGUGUCGCGGGUUUCGGCUUGGAUGAGUGGGUGA